UUACAGUAAACAGACACACCCUGCAAUACUCAAUGGCUACUGCAACAGCCACUGACUUUUCAUCGAUUCCUGAUAAUAAAGGAUGCAGUGGGUACGACUAUGAGUUCAUUGAUGGUGAGCCUAGGGAUCAAUUAAAAUGCAGCAUUUGUCACCUUGUACUACGUGAUCCUCAUCAAGUUACCUGCUGCUCAAACAGAUUUUGUAAAAGCUGUCUAGACCAACUACAAGGUAAAAAUUGUCCUUUAUGUCGAGAGCCAAUCAAUGACAACUACUUCAGAGAUGGUGGCAUCAAUCGUGAGAUCAUAUCCCUUAAGGUUUACUGUACUAACAGUGAGGAGGGUUGUGAGUGGCAGGGAACUAUUAAUGAAACUGGUACAUCAAUUGAUACUCAUCUUAAUAGUUGUCCCUAUCAACUGGUACCUUGUACUAAUGGAUGUGGAGAGAAAAUUAAGAGAAGUUUACUGAAGACACAUCUGACGGAUAACUGUACUAAACGAAUGGUUAACUGUCAGUACUGCAACCGAAGAAGCACACACCAACUGAUAACAAGCAGAAAUCAUCUUCUUGAGUGUCCUGACCUCCCAAUCCAAUGCAGUAAUGAAGGUUGCAAUGAGAAGAUACCACGACAUUCACUAGCAUCACACAAUGAGGCCUGCCCUAAAGCUAUCAUACCGUGUGAAUACAAUACUGUUGGAUGUAAUAAGAAAAUGAAGCGAGAAGAACAAGAGAGCCACAAUAAAGAAUCAAUGGAAGUACAUCUACAAUUAACAGAUGGGAGGCUGCAGAUGACAAAAGAGAAACUGCAGGAGGCAACAGAGACAAUAAAAUCUCUGAAAACAACUUUAGAGCAGAAAAAUCAAUUAACAGCAUCAUUAGUAUUUAAGAUAAGCCAGUUUACUAACAAGAAAGAAGAAGAUGAAAAGUGGUAUAGUCCAGGAUUCUACACAUCACCAGGAGGAUAUAAAAUGUCAUUAAGUGUUUAUCCUAAUGAAGAUGGUGAUGAUGGUAAAACUACAUACAUCUCAUGCUAUAUUAGCCUCAUGGCAGGAGAAUAUGAUGAUAUAUUGGAGUGGCCAUUUCAAGGAGAAGUUACUAUAGAACUACUGAAUCAACUGGAGGAUAGGAAUCAUAAGAAGGGAGUCAUUCGUUUUGAUGAUUCAACACCAGAUGAUUGCAAGGAAAGAGUGGGAGAAGGUUUGAGUUCAAAUAGUUGGGGUAGGCCUAAGUUCAUAUCACACAAAGAAUUAGAUCAGCAUAAUUCAUUUAGUCAUUUUCAGUAUCUUAAAGAUGAUAGUCUGUAUUUAAGAGUCAGUGUAAAGGUGACAUCACGGGCCAAAAGUUGGCUUAACUGUAAGAACUAAUAUGUAAAUUUAAUAGAACUUGGCAGCUGACAUUUAAAUUAUUAGAACUUGCUAGAAAAUAGCUAUAUACACAUGUACAUUUGCUUUUUUAGAUUUAGAAUUAUAUAAUUGAUACGGAAAAAAUAACAACAAAUCA